AUGGCCUCGCAACAGGGACAACCAGGCUCCGGCCAGAUCGACGUUACUCAGCUGCCCGUUCCACAGCUCCAGGAGUUGAAAACCCAACUCGACCGCGAACUCGAGCACCUCACGACCUCUUUCCAGUCACUGCGCUCCGCGCAGGCGAAAUUCCGCGACUGUCUUACAUCGAUUGCCACUGGCUUGUCGUCCUCCACCGCCGAGAAGACCCUUCUCGUCCCGCUCACAAGCUCACUAUAUGUACCUGGAAAGUUGACGGACCAUGAGCACGUCUUGGUAGACGUGGGCACAGGAUUCUUCAUCGAGAAAGAUAUUCCCAGCGCACAGGACUUCUAUGAGAGGAAGGUCAAGGACAUCCAGGACAGCUUGAAGGAUUUGGAGGGAGUCGUCAACUCGAAAGCACAGAAUGUCAGAGUGGUUGAGGAGGUCAUACGACUAAAGGUCAUGAACGCGCAGGAGCAGGAGAACAAGAACAAGAGUGGCUAGGAGAACUGGGAGAAGAAAGGGGAAUUUGACAUUGAGUGGGCAAUAGAGCCGUUGCGUGUCCGCAUCAGUCGCCGAGUCAAACAACGCAGUGUCGAGGGUAGGAGGGACGGCACUUGAUGAUAUGAAAGGGUUUUCUAUUGAGGAUGUACCACAAGGACUACACAGAAACGUGAAGGAAGUGCCUGAGGCGGCACUUAGGUACAUUCAUAGCACCCCGCGAGCGAAUGCGCCAUCGACAGACGUCGCGCAUAUUGGUAACCCAUCCGAGGUAUUCCCCAACUCGCUAGCUUUCAAGUAGUCG